CCACAGCCCCUUCUCGACGAACGCCCUGUGCUUCGCGUCAUGCCCAUCUAUCCAGUUCGCGUGGGCCACCACCACCGUUCCUGGGUCCCGCGCCGACCAGCGCCGCCGGAAGAAGCUGCGCUUCGCCGAGACGAAGACCUCGGAAUCGAGGGCGCAGGUCACCGGCUUGAAGAGCGGCGGCCGUUGCAGCGCCUGGUGGGCGCGGUUGAAGAGCGGCAGGUUGCGCCCGGGCUCCUUCGCGAGGAGCGCGGCCCACGUUUUCAACAGCUUCGCCGCGGCGUCCGUCGGCGUCAGGACCAGGAAGCCGGGGUUCAGCAAGCCCUUCUCGCGGUGCUGCGUCUGCGCCCACGCGGCGCAGUCUCCCGUAAAGUAGGGCCGCGGGUCCUUGAGCCAGAACACGUCCAAGUCCGUGAAGAUCAGCCGCGCGCGCGGGUCGUCGCCCCACUGGCGCCGCAGCGCCGCGUGGGCGCCGAUGAGGUGCCGCGCGCGCCGGCUCAUCAGCUGCGCGAAGCCGUCCGUGUAGAAGCCGAGCUCGCCGCGCGCGAGCGGCCGCGUGUCGCGCGACUGCGCCACGCGCCGAUACGUGCCCGGUGGUGCGCUUUUACGCCACUGUUGCAAGUGAUCUACAAUGUCCGCGUCCUCGGCGAUGGCGACGACGCCGAUCUCUUGCUCGAGGCCGAGGUUCCCGAGCUGCGCCGCCCAAUUAUCAAAGAAGUCGCGGUAGUGCAUGGAGCACGCGACGACGGCUACGGUCAAGGGCGGCCGCGCCACCGCUGCGCCCAGGCUAAGGAGCAGCAGCCGCUUCAUAUUGGCGGCAGCCUCACUGGUGCUUACCAAAACUCAUACUUGCGCGGAUCAGGGCUGUUUUUUUGCACCGCUGCGGCAACUGGCGAUGGACUGCAAUCGUCUCCGUGGUUCUACGAUGGCAAGUGCCGUUUUAGCUGCUUUUUUUGCUAA